CCUAGCACCGUAACAGAUAACGAACCGCCGCAAAACAAGGUGGUCCCACCGACGCCAUCGACGCGACACUGGCCCAGCUCCAUGCCGUCGCUGUGACAAGGCAAGACUAACGUACCGAACAAUUACCCUCUUCCUCUAGAAGACGCGGAAGACCUUCUUCACGUUGAGCGCCUCGUUCACCGACGGCUCGUGCGUGAGCACGUUGAAGCGCACCGUCUUCGUGAGCGGCCGGCACUGGCCCACGGUCACGAUGUCGCCCUCCUUGACGUUCUCGAAGCAGGGCGAGACGUGGACCGACAUGUUCUUAUGUCUCUUCUCGAAACGGCCUGCGUGGAAUGGACGGUGAGGAAUACUGGCCGGAUCACGAGAGCGCCCCGCUCGCGUUGCGGCGGUGCCAUUGACGCCAUCGACGCGACGCCUCGACGUCGUCGUCGGCGGAAAUGGGCGGUUAAGACGCGGUAGCAGUACGGUACUUGCCGCACCAGUUCAGGUAGUCCCGGCGGAUGACGACGGUGCGCGUCAUUUUCGUGGAGAUGACCAUACCCUUCAGGAUGCGUCCUCUAAUAGAAACGUUGCCCGUGAAGGGGCACUUCUUGUCGACGUACGAGCCCUCGAGCGCGAGCUUGGGGGUCUUGAAGCCGAGGCCGACGUUGCGGACAUACCUCAAACCCUUCUUGCUCUUCUUCGCGAGCGUGCGCUUGCGGCCGAGGAACACGGCGUCCUGCUUCUGGUACGCCUUCUCGGUCUGAUCGGCUUCCCGAUGAGCCUGCGGCAUAUUUGUCGUCUCAGCCGCGCGGCGUCUCCGUGCGGCGUUCGACCUGCGUUCGAGAAGGGUGAAUGUGACGGUUGUGAGGAGCGCGUAUUGCCGCGGCGGCCUCUCGUCGGCUGGCGUCGGGUCCAGCGGCACGGCGGGCCCGCGCGCUGCUCGCUUGGCGGUGCUCAAGCAGUCAGCGAGAGAGGCCGCUUAUUAGCCCCGCCGCGACUCGCGCGGCCUCGAUUUUUUCUCCACCGCUGGCUCAAUCACUUCUAAUAGCGUACGCAACUUCUGUCGACACGGCAAUGCACGAUGAGCGAGCUAGGCUGCAAUUAAGCCCGUCUCCAAAAUGC